CACUCUCUCUAGAAUCUUUAUAUCUCUCUAGAGAAUCUCCCUCAUUGCAAAACCUGAUCUGCAUAUCCAUGGAUGCUUCAAAUCUUGCUCUCAAGACUCUCCUUUUUGUCUCCUCUUUGAAAACUAGAUCCUUCGAUAUCCGACUUUCUUCUUUCCUUUUCUUUUGUUUCCUUUCUCAGCUUUUUCUUUUGGCCGUUACAGAUUUUUGUAAAUGCAGUGAAAGCGAUCUUCGAAUCUCCAUCAAUUGCGUUUAGGCUUGAUUUUCGUUUGGUUGUUUUGUUUAUGGUUGUUUUGUGUUUUUGACCGUUGAAGUUAAUCUCCUAGAGUUUGAAUUUCUGGAUUGGGGUUUGUAUGAAGAUUAGGAUUUAGGGUUUUUUUUUUUUUUUUGGUUUCGAGAGCUGUUUAACGUUAGCUUGAAGAUUGAAAAGGGCCGUUUUGGUUGUUGUUUUUGGAUUUUUAUUUUUUAUUUUUUUUUAAUCGGCUGAUUGGAGGGAGAAAUUAUGGUAGAGGCAGACGAGUGUAACGCCGAUGAGAAGGCGGAUGAGAAGCAGGCUUUAGGUUUUUCAAGCACUACCGUCUCUGAUAGUGAUCGCAGUUCUGCUGAUCCCAAGAGGGUGACUGGGCCUGCCAGGCGAUCUACUAAGGGAUUCUGGACAGAGCAAAAGGAUCGAGUUUUAGCCUAUGCCGUCAAUAAGUUCAAGGGAAAAAACUGGAAAAAAAUUGCUGAAUGUGUCACUGGCACGACAGACGUUCAGUGCCUGCAUCGCUGGCAGAAGGUCCUUGACCCUAACCUUGUUAAAGGGCCUUGGACAAAGGAGGAAGAUGAUCUUAUCAUUGAGCUGGUUGGGAAACAAGGUAACAAGAAGUGGGCUGAAGUAGCAAAAUGCCUAACAGGCCGUAUAGGCAAGCAAUGCCGAGAAAGGUGGCAUAACCAUCUAAACCCAGCUAUUAACAAAGCUGCAUGGACCAAAGAAGAGGAAUUGGUUCUUAUACAGGCACACCAGAAAUAUGGGAAUAAGUGGGCUGAAAUAGCAAAGAUUCUACCAGGAAGGACUGAAAACUCAAUAAAAAAUCACUGGAACUGCUCACUGAAGAAGAGACUCAACUUAAAUGCAUCUGCUUUUCAUCUUCCUGGAUUUCCCACCAACAAUUUAGAUAGUUUGAAAAUGGAAAGAGAAACAGAAAAUGGGACAACUCAGGUUGUGAAACAAAGUCUUGGAACAACAUUCUCUCUUGACAAGCAAAUGGAAUCACAGAGUAGUGUGGAUACUCAUCUGGAAUUGGCUGUUGGAUAUUCUAGUGGAAGAGAGAGUCAUAGACCACCAUUUAAGAAAGUGAACUGUAGAUUUCCAAAAAAGGAGGCCAUUGGUCCCAUGAAGCCACCAUUUCAGACCAUAUUUGAUAAGAAAGAAGUUCCUGAAUGUGAUCUGGCGAGUGGACGAUGCCAAGAUAGUGCAGUUAAUGAUAAGCCUUCGCGAGACCCACAUAUCAAGGCUAACAAGCUCAAUGAAUCAUGCAGUAUUUCAUUACGUGAUCAAUUGACUCUCUGGCAUUCGGCUAAACCUGGUGAACAUUCUCCUCCACUACCUCAUUCUGGAUGUAUUCCACCCUCGUCAAAUUCUCCAUUGGACAAGAUUGGUUGUAAUGGAAAAACUAAUGUUCUUCCCCACAAGAUGGAUCUUCCUGUCUCUGCUAAGAGAUCACUUCAACCCCCAAAAAGGAUGAGCAAAUUACUUUCCACUGACAGCUCGGGUGCUAUUGAUUCAGGAUCUAGAGGCCAGUCUAAAAAAUUUUUUCCAUCCACUCAGACACAUGAAGUUAAUGGAACAAAUGAGCAUACUGAAAAAUGUUUAAAUUUAGAGGAUAAAAAUCUUGGUGGUUUGUGCUAUGAGCCACUCAAUCUGGAGGGUCUGAACACUUUGUUGCAAUCUGGUACAUUUCCCAGAUCAGAUAGCUAUAUUCAGCAACCAUCUAGUCCAGUUUCCUCUUAUACGCCAGCUAGCAAUGGGAAAGGAAUUUCUGGUAGUUGUAGCAGCCCAGAAUCCAUAUUGAGGAGUGCAGCCAGGAGUUUCAAAAAUACUCCAUCUAUCAUGAGGAAACGAAACCGAACUCCCAUAGAAACUGAUAAUGCAAAUAACAAUGAUGGCACUGGUACAGAAGAAAAGACUGAUAGUAAGGUUCUUCCAAAGGUGAAGCAGCUUUUCCUCUCUCCCCCCAAGUCCCAGAAGCUUGACCCAUCUUCUGUAGUGAAACUUGUAGAAAAACGUCUGGAAUAUGCAUUUGAUAAAGAGCAGGAUUAAGGCCUUCAGCAAUGGGUGGAUUUUCUGAUGGAUGACUCAAUUAGUUCUUCAAUAGCCUGACUAGAAGGUUUGCUCUAGAACUCUUGCUACAUGAUUCCAAAGGGAAACUUCAACUCUCUGACCUUAGGUGAGUGAUUUCUGCUUGUCUUUUAUUUUGAUUUAUAACCUUUUCUGACCAAAGCCACAGAAAUUUAAUUCUCCGAGACCCGUAAUAACUGAAACAGAGUUUGUUCCACUGGAAGCUUGAUUGAGACCCUUGUUUGAGACCAAGGUUUUGAGCAAUUUCAUUGUUUAUCUGAUGUAUUAAUAUUAGGAGGAGGCAUGCAUAUUGGGUUUGUUUUUGUCUUUAGAAUGCGGGAUUCAGCUAGUUUAAAUUGCCAUUCUAUUGAUCUUUUCCUGUUUUCUUCUCUCUUUGCAGAUUAAGUAUCAGUUUCAUUAACCUGUACAAGAGAUAUUGAUUCAAGAUACUGUGGAUAAGUGGGACAAAAGGUAUGCAGCCAACCCCAGAAACAGCAAGAAUAAGGCUCAAAAAUAAGGGCGAUGAAUAGAACCAGAAUGUAAAUUGAUUCAUACAAAAUCAUUGGGGGCUUGUGAUGAGCUGAAAAUGUUUGUUACCAUGAUUUUUUAUUUUUUAUUUUUCCUCUCUUAUAAUCAGUUUCUUACUGGAAUUUCAGUACUUUCUCUUCUCCUUUCUCAAA